AUGAAUGUUCUUCGUUUUUCCAUUCAAUUACGAACUCAAUUUAUGCGUGAGGAAUGUUUAAAAGAACAAGAAGAAAAUGAGUCAAUUCUUGAUGAAAAUAUUAAUUCAAUUGAAAAUGAAACAACAAUUGCUCAAAAUGUUGACUCAACAGGAAAAUGGCGUCGUCGAUUUGAAUCGAAAAUGAUUAAUAAAUGUAGUAACCCAAAAGAACUUUCAUUUUUUCAUCAUCAAUCAACUGUUAUUCGAUUGGUGAAUAUUUUAUUAGGCGUUGGAGAAACGAUAUUAAUCGGUGGGAUUAUGUGCUUUUGGAUUGUUGGUUUGGUUCCUCAAAAUCGUAUUAAUGAUCGAUUUCAAGAUCCACCUAAACUUCGUAGACCAACUGUUGAAAUUCUUGGAAUUGGAGAAGCAGAAACAACUUGA